UAUUCAGUCAGUGUGUGUGUUUCCUACAGAUGGAUUCAGUAAUGGGAAGAACCCAACAGAGAGAUGUCCCUGUCCUCUGUAUUCCCGGGAUUCCACACAGGAAGGUCACUCCAUCCCUCACCAUUAUCAGGAUGAAGAAGUGAAAGACAUCAAAGCUGAGAUUAAAGAGGAAGAAGAAGAGAGGUUGGUGACCAGACAUCAGCAGUCUAUGGAGGAGGGUUGUCCUCUGUAUUCCCAGGAUUCUACACGGGAAGAUCAGAACUAUACAGAGAAUGAUCAGAAUGAAGAACGGAAAGACAUCAAAGCUGAGCAUAAAGAGGAAGAAGAAGAGAGGUUGGUGAGUGGAGAUCGGCAGUCUAUGGAGGAGAAGGAGAUGAUUAUGGAAAGUAAACAGGAGGAAUCUUCUCUACGUAAGGACACAACAGAUGGACGGUGUUUCGGGAAUAUAAAUCCAUCGGAGGGACAUCUUAUUAUAUCUCCAGAUUGUAAGGCAGAAGAUACCGACAUUCCACAAUAUUCUCCCAAAGUCACCUCUGAUUGGUUGGUUAGAUCAUCAGAUCCUUCCAAUCCUGAGGAACCUUCUGAGGAAUCCCAUACUAUGACCUCAGAUGUCUAUCAAUCCCAUACUAUGAGUUCAGAUGUCCAUCUAAGAUCAAUAGAUCCUUCUAAUCCUGAGGAACCUUCUGAUAAAUCCCAUACUAUGACUUCAGAUGUCCUUCCAAGUUCUCACAGUGCUGACAGAUCACCAGAUCCAUCCAAUCCCCAGAUAUCUUCUUCAAGCCAUAAGAAGGUUCACACAGGAGAGCGUUCAUUGUCAUGUUCAGAGUGCGGGAAAUCUUUCACUAAAAACAAAUACCUUCGUAGGCACCAGAAAAUUCACACGGGUGAGCGUCCUCAUUCAUGUUCAGAGUGCGGGAAAUCUUUCUCAUCGGCAUCACACCUUGUAAGACACAAGGGCGUCCACACAGGUGUGCGUCUUAAUUCAUGUUCAGAGUGUGGGAAAAGUUUUAGUCAUAAAAGUCAACUUGUUGUACACCAGAGAAUUCACACAGGUGAGUGUCCAUUUUCAUGUUCAGAGUGCGGGAAAAGUUUUAGUGAGAAAAGAAAACUUGAUGUACACCAGAGAAUUCACACAGGUGAGCGUCCAUUUUCAUGUUCAGAGUGCGGGAAAGGUUUUAGUGAGAAAAGACAACUUGUUGAACACCAGAGAAUUCACACAGGUGAGCGCCCUUAUUUGUGUUCAGAGUGCGGGAAAUCUUUCUCAUGGUCAUCACUCCUUGUACGACACAAGCGCAUCCACACAGGUGUGCGUCUUAAUUCAUGUUUAGAGUGUGGGAAAAGUUUUAGUGAUAAAAGACAACUUGUUGUACACCAGAGAAUUCACACAGGUGAGCGUCCAUUUUCAUGUUCAGAGUGCGGGAAAAGUUUUAGUGAGAAAAGAAAACUUGAUGUACACCAGAGAAUUCACACAGGUGAGCGUCCAUUUUCAUGUUCAGAGUGCGGGAAAAGUUUUAGUGAGAAAAGACACCUUGAUGUACACCAGAGAAAUCACACAGGUGAGCGUCCAUUUUCAUGUGCAGAGUGCGGGAAAAGUUUUAGUGAGAAAAAACAACUUGUUGAUCACCAGAAAAUUCACACAGGUCAGCGCCCUUAUUCGUGUUCAGAGUGCGGCAAAUCUUUCACCAGACAUGCAACACUUUUAAGGCACCAGAGAGUUCACACGGGCGUGCGUCCUUUUUCGUGUUCAGAGUGCGGGAAAUCUUUCACCAGACAAGGAACACUUUUGGAACACCAGAAACUUCACACAGGUGAGCGUCCUUAUUCGUGUUCAGAGUGCGAGAAAAGUUUCAUUUACAAAACAGCCCUAUUUUUCCAUCAGAAAAGUCACACGGAUAUAGGUCCUCAUUCAUGCUCAGAGUGCGGAAAAUCUUUCACCACAAAAGGAGCACUUUUUACACACCAGAAACUUCACACAGGAGAGCGCCCUUAUACAUGUUCAGAGUGCGGGAAAUCUUUCACCACAAAAAGAGCACUUUUUACACACCAGAAACUUCACACAGGAGAGAGCCCUUAUUCAUGUUCAGAGUGUGGGAAAUCUUUCAUUUGGAAAGGAGACCUCAAUCAUCACAAAAGAGUUCACACAGGAGAGCGCCCUUAUUCAUGUUCAGAGUGCGGGAAAUCUUUCACCACAAAAGGAUCACUUUUUAAACAUCAGAAACUUCACACAGGAGAGCGCCCUUAUACAUGUACAGAGUGCGGGAAAUCUUUCACUGGAAAAGAACACCUUGUUAAACACCAGAGAGUUCACAUGGGUGAACGUCCUUCUUCAUCUUCACAGUGAGGGAAACCUUUCAAUGCAAAGAAUGACCUUCGUAGAUGUCAUAGAAUUCACACUAGUCAGCGUCCUCAUUUAUGUUCAGCGUGUGGGAAAUGUUUUAAUUGCAAAAUAAACAACUUGUUGAACACCAGAAAAACUUCAUACUACUGAGUGUCCUUUCGCUUGUUGAAAGAGUGCGGGAAAUCUUUGAGAAAAAGGAACUUGUGAGAAACCAAAAAAAGCACACAGAUGAGCACCCUUAUUCAUGUUCAGGGUGCGGGAAAUGUUUCAUUCACAAAAAGGACCUUGUUGGACCCCAUAAAAUUCAUACAGGUGAAUAGUCUGAUGAUGGGACAUAACAAGGGAAUACAUGUUACCCCCACAAGCCUCAUAUUCUCCUAGGGAGGGGGUCAGAUAGAGACAAGUGGUGUAUAAUUCUCAUCACAGUACAUCGGGGGUAUAAGAAAAAUAUUUGAGUUUUUAGGGGUGUGGUUUGACAGAUAUAUAGACAUAAAGAAUAAAUGAAAGGAACGUGGUUCUCAUAUAAAACAGUACUGAGUAAGUCCAAUAUUUACAUCGACAGUCCAUGAGAAUUGGCCACUGAUGGUCAAUGGGGAAACAGCACACUUAUAGAAAAUUACAAAGA